GAAGCCCCGGCAUCAUGGAGAGCAAUAGAGACGAGGCCGAACGUUGUGUUCGGAUAGGAAAGGCGGCCAUAGAGGCGGGAGACAAAGAGAAAGCCAGGAGGUUCUUCAGCAAAGCAGAGAGACUGUACCCGAGCAGCGAGGCCCGAGUUUUAUUGGACGCUCUUGAAAAAAAUGACACAGCGGGAAAUGGACCACAAAGUGAAAAAAUGUCAAAGAGUACAGAACAACCCAAAGCUGAGAAAGAUAGCAGUGGAGAUACAGGAAAGGGUCACACACAGGACCAGGUGGAUGGAGUACAAAGGAUAAAGAAAUGCAAAACAUAUUAUGAAGUAUUAGGUGUUAGUCCUGAUGCUGGAGAGGAGGAUUUAAAAAAGGCCUAUCGAAAGCUGGCUCUGAAGUUUCAUCCUGAUAAAAACCAUGCGCCUGGUGCCACAGAAGCAUUUAAAAAAAUUGGAAAUGCCUAUGCAGUGUUGAGUAAUCCUGAGAAACGCAAGCAAUACGACCUUACUGGAAGUGAGGAUAACGUGCAGAACAAUCAUAGAAAUGGUGGCUUUGACUACCACAGAGGCUUUGAAGCAGACAUAACACCUGAAGAUUUGUUCAAUAUGUUUUUUGGUGGAGGCUUUCCAUCAGGAAGCGUGCAUACAUUUUCCAACGGACGGACUAGGUACAGCCAUCACCAGCAUCAUCAUCAUAGUGGCCAUGAUAGAGAAGAAGAAAGGGCAGAUGGUGGUUUCUCCAUGUUUAUCCAGCUGAUGCCUAUAAUUGUUUUGAUUCUUGUGUCCUUGCUUAGCCAAUUGAUGGUCUCCAACCCUCCAUACAGUUUAUAUCCAAGAUCUGGUCAAACGAUUAAACGUGUAACAGAAAACCUUCAAAUUUCCUACUACGUGAGCAAGGAUUUUAAGUCUGAAUACAAUGGCAUGUUGCUCCAAAAAUUAGAGAAAAACAUUGAAGAAGAUUAUGUGGCCAAUGUCCGAAAUAACUGCUGGAGAGAAAGGCAACAGAAACAAGAUUUACUACAUGCUGCAAAAGUAUAUCGAGAUGAGAGACUAAGAAUGAAAGCAGAAUCAAUAUCUAUGGAAAAUUGUAAAGAACUUAAUCGACUCACAUCACUUUUCCGAGGUGGAUGAAACACAAAGAUUAUUGCUCCAUUUCUUUGGACAUCCUGUUUCAUAUAAAAUACAAGCUAAGUGCUCUACCAUGACUGGCCAUACAGGGAGUAUAAUAUGAACCGUUCAUCCGGCUAAUUUCAGGCUUCUUAAACAUCCUGAUAACUUGAGUCACAGGGUCCAUAUUUUUUUUUUUUUUUUACCAUUGGUUUAUUAAAGUCCCAUAAAAAUGAAUUUCAGACACGGCAUUGGAAUCUUGAAUAUACGAAGGGCAUGUAAAUAUUUCACUUAAUUUUAUUGUAUAUAAGAGUCAAGAAUUUUCUAUGUACAUAGUUACAGAUGUGAUUGGAUCAGAUUUUCAUACUAUUCCAUUAAAUAUGACUAGAUUUAAAACUGUGAAAAUAAGUUCUAUUUAAUUGUGUAGCUUUUAAAAUAUUCUUAAACAAUUUAAAAGGUGCUUACGGCCACUUUCUUGAGUUAAUUUUGCGAUCCUAAGUCUUCCCCUAAUAGUUAAGCACUCACAUUGUUUCUAGUGAUCUUGCUUGCUCAAAAAAUCAGGCUCCAUUGAUUGAAUAGUUUGAUCUGCCAGACAAAGAAGAGAAGCUGGACGUACAUGAAACAAUUUGGUUGUUUGGACCAACUGAACUGUGGACCAGCCACUGAUUUUACUGAACAAGCAGUUGAUAUAGGACUGCAGAAAGAAAGCGUAAAUAAGUUAUUGUUUUUGUGCCUGUUAUUUAAAAAAAAAAAUAACAUUCAAUAAAACUGGAUUUUGUUUAA